AUGGCACGGAACCUCUCCGAGCCUGACAACAGGACUCUACAAACAGCUCUACAAGAAACAACUACCGCAGCCACCAUCAGAGCAGCUGAGGGCCAGAAGAUCUUCAGCCCGAUAGCUGUUUUUCUCGACAAACACCGCAAUCAGUCUACUGGCCUCAGUCCUCAUCUACAGAACGCCCUCGCUAUUCUUAGUGAUGAUCUAGCUGCUGUAGCCCAACGCCACUUCAAUGCCUAUAUCAGUGGCAUCACUCUUACUAUAUCCCCCUCCACCCCAUCCCCAGCCCUUAAUCCUGCCCCUGCCCCUCUUCCCCCAUCACCUCCCCCUUCACGUCCCCCCUCCGGUCUCGCUCAGUCCUCGUACGCAACUGUCACCAAGCCCAAGCCCAACCCAGCCAAGUCACUCACUGCUGUUCACCAAACAAAAUCUCCGAAGAAAAAGCUCACAACUGAUGUCAAACAAACCCACUCUGAUCACCGUCUUUUCGUGCGUCUGCCAGAUGACCACGCUGCCAAAAAGAUCGACUCCUAUGCUAUUUUCUCCAGUCUUCGCUCCCAACUAGGGACCAGCAGCAACGUUUUGAAAGAAGUACAAACUAUAAAGACCGGCUUUGCUCUCUGCCCGGCGUCUCCAGAGGCCCUGCCGAUUCUAGAGGCCCAGAAAGAAGUCAUAUCUGCUUACUUCGGUAACUGCCAAAUUGAAUGGAGCUCCCAAUGGAUCUCAUACAGAGUCACAAACCUACCAAAGAAAAUUGGCCAAAUUAUCAACGGCCAAUACUCUGUCAUUCCAGUCAAUCCGGCCAUGCUCUCUGCUGAAGUUGCCGAGCAAACAGGCCGUAGACCGGUGUCUGUCAGUGAGACCGCUACAAGUGCCGCCGAUACCAACUCACUGUCUUCAAGCUGGUUUGUCAACUUCUCUGAAGACACAAAGAUCUCCCUCCCAGCCCGGCUCCGUCUUUUCGGUACUGUCACCAAUGCCCGCUUUCUCACCCGGAAAGUCACAGUCAUCCAGUGCAACCGCUGCUGGAAGUGGCAUAACCCCCGGUCCUGUGCACGACCCCCAAGAUGCCGUCUCUGCGGCUCGUCUGAACACGCGGAAGAAAGGCAUACCAACAACUGCUCUAUCCCAGGCCCCCACUGUUGCCCCCCAAGAUGUUUUCACUGUCACGGACCCCAUCCAGCGGACUUCCCUGAGUUUCUACUUCGCCCCAAAGCGGGUAUUACUCACACCAAAGCACAACGAGCAGAAAUUCGAAAGACGAGCGCAAUCACUCUAGCAAAGGCUCGCACAGAACAAGGCUGCUCCUCAGAGCGCCCUACGGACACGCAAGAGCAAGCCAUGGCCAUAGACAUACCUCCCACGCAAACCCAGGUCGUCUCUCCGUUUCGACCAACCACUCCUCCGCCCCAGGAGCCACCGAAAGAACCUCCGGCCACAGCUAGCACAGUGCGAUUCGCAACCCCUAAACCACAAAACCGGUUCAACUCACUUCUCGAAGAACAACUAUGA